AUGGUUAACUUCUUGCUCAGUUUGCUCACACUCAGCUUUCUCACUUCAUACGUCAAUGCUCAACAAAACUACUCGAAGAAUUCAGUACUAGACUGCAACGCUAAUGAUGAUACAGGGCCAUCUUCUGCAUUUCUUUACACCUGCAAUGGCCAGAACCAAUCUUGCCAGGCCUUUCUGUUCUUCAAACCUCAACCUUCUUUUCACUCGGUGCCUUCGAUCUCAGCCAUCACGUCAGCAAACCAAGAAGAGCUAGCUAGACUCAACAAUGUUACAAGGCUAUCAGAGUUCCCUACCAACAUUCAGGUAAUUGUUCCUGUAAAAUGUUCUUGUUUUGGUCAAUAUUAUCAGGCCAACACUACAAUUCAGGUCACGGCUACUCGUGGAACCUACUAUGUUAUAGCAAAGGACACUUAUCAGGGGUUAUCUACUUGUGCCGCGCUUAAGCAUUGGAAUACACAUGGUGAAUAUCAUUUGUUGCCUGGUCAGCAACUGCAAGUACCACUUCGAUGUGCUUGCCCCACAAUGAAUCAAAUCAUAAGAGGAACAAAUUAUAUAGUGACUUACCCUCUUAGCACAGAUGACAACAUUCCUGAUAUUGCUGACAGAUUCGAUGUAAGCAUCAAGAGUAUACUUGAUGCAAAUGGUAUGGCAGAAAAUCCAACUCUUUAUCCUUAUACCACAAUUCUAAUACCUCUGCCUACUCAACCUACAAGUUCACAAACUACAAUUCACAGCACCCCGGACAUCUCUCCUACAUCAGCUUUGAGUCCUGGAAAUAGAAGAUCAAAGAAAAAACUAUAUGAGUCUGCUGGGCUCGCUGCAGCUUGCUCUUUGCUAGUCCUCGGUAUCAUUACAGCUGUCCUUUUUCUCUCUUGCAAAAAGAGAAGAGACAAGGUUUGUGGGAGUAGCAGCGAAAGAAAACAGGUAGUGCCAGAAGACCUUCGAGUUGAAAUUGCAAGCUGUGAACAAGUUUUGAAAGUUUUUAAAUUUGAAGAAGUAAGGAAAGCUACUGAAAAUUUCUGUUCGGAAAGUAAAAUAAAGGGUUCUGUGUAUCGUGGAGAGUUUGGUGGGGAGAUCUUAGCUGUUAAGAAGAUGGGCGGCGAUGCUACAAAGGAAGUGAACAUUUUAAAGAGGACCAACCACUUCAACUUGAUUAAGCUUGAAGGUGUAAGCGAAAACCUCGGCUGUUUCUAUCUUGUUUUGGAGUAUAUGGGAAAUGGGUCCCUAAGAGAAUGCCUUUCCAGUAAAAAGUUCAAAGAAACUGGAAAUUGGACAGAGAGAAUUCAGAUUGCUCUGGAUGUUGCUAAUGGACUUCACUAUCUUCACUGCUUCACCGAACCUCCCUAUGUGCACCAGGACAUAAAAAGCAGCAAUGUUCUAUUAAACGGCAAUCUAAGAGCCAAGAUUGCAAAUUUCAGUCUUGCAAGAGCAGCGACAAGGGAAACAAAAGGCCCUGCCUCGACAAAACAUAUUGUGGGCACUAGAGGCUACAUGGCGCCUGAGUAUGUGGGGGAAGGACGAGUGACUCCCAAGAUUGAUGUUUAUGCCUUUGGAGUCAUUCUGCUGGAACUGAUCACACGGAAAGAUGCUGUUUUCACACAGGAUGGAAGGGAAAUCCUACUUUCAACAGCAAUAGUCUCUAUCAUGGAGAAUAAAAACCCUGAAACUGAACUAGAUUUCUAUAUUGAUCCUGAUCUAAAAGGAAGUUGUGGGACAGACUUCGCAUUAUGCUUGGCCAAAGCAAGCGUAGCCUGCUUGAUGAAAGAACCAGCAAGGAGACCAAGUAUGGAGGAAGUGGUAGCAAUUCUGUUGAAAAUUCAGGCAAAUGUACAGAAAUCAUAA